CGAACGGAGACGCAGACGCAGAAGGCAGACGCAGACGCAGAAGGCAGACGCCAGCAGCCAGCCGCACACACCCGCUACACAGCAUUUUGGGCCUGGAUUGAUUCCACUGCUUCAUUGGACUGUUUGACGACCAAGCCUGUGAUAUUGCUUAACUUCCAUCAAAAUGGUGGUGCUCUCCGCGGCCAUCACCACGCGCUCUGGCAAGCCCAUUCUCGCCCGCCAGUUCCGACACAUGCAGCGAUCCAGAGUCGAAGCUCUCCUCGCCUCCUUCCCAAAGCGCGCCGAUACCGCCAGCCAACACACGACGGUCGAGCAAGACAAUGUGCGAUUCGUAUACCAGCCCCUCGAUGAGCUAUACAUGGUCCUGAUCACCAAUCGCCAAUCCAACAUCCUCCAAGACAUCAACACCCUUCACCUCUUUGCCCAGCUUGUGAGCUCCAUCUGCAAGAGUCUCGACGAGCGGGAAAUCACACGAUGUGCUUUCGAGCUCCUUUCGGCCUUCGAUGAGCUCGUUACCCUGGGCUACAGGGAGAACUUGACCCUCAGCCAGAUCAAGACCUUCUUGGACAUGGAGUCGCACGAAGAGCGCAUCCAGGAGAUCAUUGCUAGGAACAAGGAGUUGGAAGCUUCCGAGGAGCGGAAACGCAAAGCCAAGCAAUUGGAGAUGCAGAGAAAGGAGAUGUCGAGAGCAGCUCGGGUUGGCGGUGGAAGUGGAGGCAUGGGCGGCAUGCCACGCGCACCAUCAUAUCCCACCUACACCCCUCCAGCAUCCACUCCCAGCAUGACGGACUCCUACGACUCGUACAAUGCAGCCAAGAACCAAUCCUUCAGCAAGCCUCUUGCGACCCGUGGAAAAGGCAUGCAGCUUGGCAAGAAGAAGACUACAAACACAAUGCUCGACCAGCUUGGCGCAGAAGCAGAAGCGAGUGCACCUUUGGCAGGCGUGCCCACUCCUGCUGCCCAGCCAGUCCAGCCAUCUGUGCCCGCGAGCACUACAGCCGCCCAUGGAGAUGCAGUACAUAUCACAGUCGGGGAGGCCAUCUCUGCCAAACUCUCACGCGAAGGUGCCAUUGAGUCAUUCGAAGUCAAGGGCGAUCUGCAGCUGCGAAUCACAGAUCCAAGCCUUACGCAAAUCAAACUUGACAUGGCAGUCGGUGAUAUCAAAGGCGCAAAUCUGAAUGCUCAUCCGAAGGUCGACAAGAAGCAAUUCAAGGACAACAACAUCAUCCAAUUGACCGACACAAGCAAAGGCUUCCCUGCCAACAACAGCAUCCAAGUCAUGCGAUGGCGACUAGUCGCCAAGGCGGAAGAUGUUAGCGAGCCUCCCAUUAAAUUCACCGUUUGGACCAGCGAGCUCUCACCCGGCACUUACAGCGUGACGGUCGAAUAUGAGCUUACGGGGAGCGAUCCGCUGAAAGACGUCACAGUCGUCAUACCAUGCCAGACCUCAGAACCUUCCGUCUCCAGCUUCGACGCUGUCUACGAAGUCAGCGGCGAUAGCAUAGAUUGGACCAUCGGCGAUGUCGACGAUUCAAACCCCAGCGGCUCUUUCGAAUUUGAGGCCCAAGCAGAAUCAGAAGGCGAAUUCUUCCCUAUGCAGGUCAAGUUCGCCAAGAGUCGACCUUGGGUGGAAGUCGAUAUCAGCAGUGUCAGCUUGCUGAAUUUGAACCAAGACAUCAGCUUUGGCAAAGACGUGAGGUCUGUUGCUGAGUCUUAUAUGAUUGUCUAGGAGCGUGACGCGACAUCGUUUUGGACUUAGCAGCAUGAAGACGAGCGCAGGAAAUGGAAUGAAUAGAUCACUACGAAAGCGUUGUCGAACAAGUUGAUCUGUAAGCCGUGCGCCUGAGCGUGCGGAAAAGAAG